CUCCUUCGAAAAGAUUGUGAGGAGUUUCCUCCGUUUCCUCCACGUUUUUGGUUUUGACAGGUACGUAGGCAGGCAGAUAUUUUACCAUCAUGCCGCCUAAAAAGUCUAUGGAAGAAACGGAUCGUUUAACUCGUAUAGCUAUUGUUAAUUCUGAUAAAUGUAAACCUAAACGAUGUAGGCAGGAAUGUAAGAGAUCCUGUCCAGUUGUACGAAUGGGAAAACUUUGUAUAGAAGUUUAUCCUAAUAGCAAAAUAGCAUCUAUUUCAGAAGAAUUAUGUAUUGGAUGUGGUAUUUGCGUUAAGAAAUGUCCAUUUGAGGCAAUAUCCAUCAUUAAUCUUCCUAGUAAUUUAGAAAAAGAAACUACACAUCGUUAUUCAAAGAAUUCAUUUAAAUUACAUAGACUGCCAAUCCCACGUCCUGGAGAAGUACUAGGUUUGGUUGGAACUAAUGGAAUUGGUAAAUCGACGGCUCUUAAAAUUUUAGCAGGCAAACAGAAGCCAAAUUUGGGUCGAUUUACUGAUCCACCAGAUUGGACAGAAAUUUUAAGUCAUUUUAGGGGUAGUGAGUUGCAAAAUUAUUUUACUAAGAUAUUGGAGGACGAUUUGAAAGCUCUCAUUAAGCCUCAGUAUGUAGAUCAAAUCCCUAAAGCUGUGAAAGGCACUGUGCAGCAACUUUUAGAUAAAAAAGAUGAAUGCAGGAAUCAAAUAGAUAUCUGUAAAAUGUUGGAUUUAAUGCAUAUACGUGACAGAGGGAUUGAGGCACUGUCUGGUGGAGAACUUCAACGUUUUGCUUGUGCUAUGGUAUGCAUUCAAAAUGGAGAUAUUUUCAUGUUUGAUGAGCCAUCUUCGUACUUGGAUGUAAAGCAGCGUCUUAAUGCUGCUUUAACAAUCCGAUCUCUUAUUCAUCCUGAUAAGUUCAUAAUAGUAGUAGAACACGACUUAUCAGUCCUGGAUUACUUGUCAGACUUCAUAUGUUGUCUUUAUGGUGUCCCUGGUGCAUAUGGUGUUGUUACUAUGCCUUUCUCUGUCAGAGAAGGUAUAAACAUUUUUUUGGACGGUUUCGUUCCAACUGAGAAUUUGAGAUUCCGUGAGGAAUCUCUUGUCUUCAAGGUAGCAGAAAGCGCAACCGAAGAAGAAGUGAAACGUAUGAAUCAUUAUGAAUAUCCAGCAAUGGUAAAGACAAUGGGUUCGUUUCAAUUGCGUGUUGAAAAAGGUCAGUUCACUGACUCCGAAAUUCUUGUGUUACUUGGUGAAAAUGGAACGGGAAAAACGACGUUUAUUAGAAUGUUGGCUGGUAAUUUACCACCUGAUGAUGGUUCCGGAAGUAUUCCAAUGUUACAUAUCAGUUAUAAGCCACAGAAGAUAAGUCCUAAAUCUCAAGGCAUCGUACGGCAAUUGUUACACGAAAAGAUCAGGGACGCUUACGUGCAUCCUCAAUUCGUGACGGACGUUAUGAAGCCUUUGAAGAUAGAUGAUAUUAUGGAUCAAGAAGUGCAAAAUCUUUCCGGAGGAGAAUUGCAAAGAGUGGCUCUGGCUUUGUGUCUUGGAAAGCCUGCCGACGUCUAUUUGAUUGACGAACCUUCUGCUUACUUGGAUUCUGAACAACGUUUAGUUGCGGCUAAAGUUAUAAAACGGUUCAUAUUGCAUGCAAAGAAAACAGGAUUUGUAGUAGAGCACGAUUUCAUCAUGGCUACAUACUUGGCUGACCGUGUAAUAGUGUUUUCCGGUACACCAUCAUUAUCAACAACAGCUCACAGUCCACAGUCUUUAUUAUAUGGCAUGAAUAGAUUCUUGGAACUGCUAGGUAUUACUUUCAGAAGAGAUCCGAACAACUUUAGACCAAGGAUCAACAAGAGUCAAUCUGUAAAAGACUUGGAACAGAAAAGGGCAGGGCAGUACUUUUUCCUCGAGGAGUGAGAUGUGACCUCGAGAACGGGUUGAAUAGCAGCUUAUAUGAAAUACUGUGAAGAAAUUUUUGUAAAUCUUUAUACGUUUUAAAGCCGGGAAUCAAUAUUUUAUAAUACAUUAAAUACUGGUGUCGCAUGGUUUUCGUUUGAUCGAAAUAAUAUUCAUUUCGACGCGUCACUUUUGCUUGUAGGAUAUUUUUUUUCAGUAAAUAUCUAAAAGCAAGUCCUUCGAGAUAUGAUAUAUUGCGAACGAAAGGAAAUUUUAUUUGAAAACAAAUAUUACAAUCGUAUUUUUACACGACACAUUGAUGCGACAAAUUUAUUUAUAUGCAUCGACGUGCGACACAAAAAGCAUUUCCAAUCUGACACACUAACCGAUAUAAUACACAUUUUUUGUAUAAAUAAUAAUUUAUGUCUGUAUGUAACGAAUCGAA